AUGGAAAUGACCAAAGAGCUAGAAGGGAAUCUUGAGAAAUUCACCACAUAUGCCUUAUUCUUUCACCCCAUUCUGAAGUAUGGCGAGAAUAUUGAUCGCAUGGAUCUCGAUUUGUCUUCGUGUACCACAUGGCCUGAAGAAGUCAUCAAGUGUAUCUCAUGGUACAUGCACGCCCAUGAUCAGUACCAAGUUCCAGUCAAGAUGCGGAAAAGGAGCAAGAACUCAAUAGUGUUUGAUGUUACAAGUUUUCUGUUAUCCAAGACUACAUAUGAUAGCAAACCUCGGGUUGUAGGAUAUGUGAGAAAGCGAUGUCAUCGCUUGAUGAAAGAUUUGAUCACUACCUGGUAUGCUCAAGGGUAUCUCACAAAAACUCAAACCAUUUUCCGGAAGUCUUCGAUGUUCAAAGAGUGUUGGGAGCGUGCGCGAGAACAGUUUGUCCGUCUUAAAUCAGAUGAGAGCAACAUUCUGGCCAACGAGGCAUCAUUUGCAAAGAGAAAGGCUGGCGAUAUCUGUUCCGCAGACGGAAACAGCAAGAAGGUUCGACAACACAUGGCCGUUGAUGACACAACUACUAUUAACACGUACGAUCGUCUAGAUUUGGUGGAAAAUUGGAUAAACCACAACAGUGUAUCGAAUGUCCAUGUGGAAAUCAAUACUACUCAUCCGAUCACACUCCAAAAAUCGGGGAUGAUCGAUACCGAAUUGCAACAACCACUUUCUAAUCAAAGGAAUAAUUUUUCGAAUUCAAGCGGGGAAAAUGGUUGCGUUAUUGACACAAGAUCGGAGAACGAGUGGCGUGUAAACGAGAGAGAUGAGCUACGUAGCCAAGCCCAUAACGUCUUUUCAGGAGACGAACUCUCUCCCCAUUCAGCGAAAACAAUAACACCCAAAAGUUUCCGCACUCCAAUCAUUUAUCCUGCACUUCCUCAAACACCACCUUCACAAAUGAUCCUUAACCAAUCUCCGACUCGCACGGCUCGAGCACAUCGCGAUACAAAUACCACAUCAUCACAUGAGGAGCUCCAUAGCAUCUCCGAUUCAGGAAACAUGACUUCUUUACCCAUAGAGAAGAUCAUGCAAAUCAAUACAAUGUUAGAAUGCUUCCGAUCUACUGCAAUAAUUAUAACUCCAGAACGCGGUUUCUGGGUUAUGGUGCCUGCUGGGCCAGUCCUUGAAGAUUUCAAUUUUCACACAUGGUAUAGUCAGAAAUUUGGACUUGAUGAAUCUCAAGGACUCAGGUUUCACUAUAUGGAUUCGUCACUCAAUCCAACAUCUUGCCCAGUGGAUGUAGGCCGUUCUGAUUGUGAAGGUAUCAUAUUGAAGCAACAUCUGUUUUUCGACUUCGUCGAAACCUUUAAUCACUUCAAAGGAAAUCUUCGAACGUAUAGGAUAGCCGUGAUCCCCGAGAAUAUGGUUCGACUCUCUCUCUCCUGCAGGAAGUAUCCUCUCGAGAAUAAGGAAAAGCUGUUUAAAUUUUACCAUGAGUGCGAGCAAAAGACACCUAUCUUUUCUAUACCGAAACCAUUGAACUCGCAAAGGCAGAAUCAGAAAAAAUCAGUAUUAGGACCGCACUAUGAACAGGAAAGAAGGAUCGACUCUUCAUCGCUACUUCAUGUUAUGGAGCCCUCCAACUCUUCUCCUACUGGGCCACCGUCUCAUGUCUCAAAAUUCGCCUCUUCUCGAAUUCAUGGUACCAAACUUGGUACUCAAGCCCCCACUCUUCUUCCACCGAUUAACCUUCCCCUCCGCAAGCUUCCCCCUCUUGGCGAGUUGGAUACUGGAAGAUUCAUUAAUCAGUACCAACUAGCUGGCGAGCCAGGAAUCGUAGUUCGUGUCCAGAAAGCAGAUGGCAAAUUCACUGGCCCGCUGCGUAAUGCUCCUUUCGGGCCCGAUGUCAAAACCCAAGAUUUCUUUACUUGGUUCACUCAAGUUGCAUGCCAGCCUUCUACCAGCGUCCCUGAUAUGUUGCAAAUUUGCUUUAAGGAUGCCGUUCCAGUUGUCGAAUACGAGAUUUAUCGAGGAGAUGAGAGACAAUUCACAAAAAUGUGGCGUAACAUUCUCCCUCAGUGUCGUCGCACUGCAGCAAUCAUGUCACCAUUAAGUGAAUUUGUUAUCUUUAUUCGGGCGCUUUAUUGGCACGUUGGUUCAUCCUGA